GGAGGCGCGGGCGGGCUAGAGGCGCCGGGUUUGCGUCCCGCUCCACCUGCGGGCGAAGGCGCUGACCAUGGGCGGCCGCAGGCCGGGGGGCGGCCGGACUGAGCCCUGCUGAGCCCACGGGGCCGGCCAUGGGCGACCGCGAGCGCAACAAGAAGCGGCUGCUGGAGCUGCUGCGGGCGGCAGGCACUGGCAACGCGCACUGCGCCGACUGCGGGGCGGCAGAUCCCGACUGGGCCUCUUACAAGCUGGGCAUCUUCAUCUGUCUGAACUGCUCCGGAGUCCACCGCAACUUCCCAGACAUCAGCAAAGUGAAAUCUGUGAGACUUGACUUCUGGGACGACAGUAUUGUGGAGUUUAUGACCCACAAUGGGAACCUCCGAGUGAAGGCCAAGUAUGAAGCCAGAGUCCCUGCGUUCUACUAUAUCCCCCAGGCCAACGACUGCAUGGUCUUAAAGGAACAAUGGAUUCGAGCGAAGUAUGAGAGACAGGAGUUUAUGGCUGAGGGGAAAACCAUCUCACCCCCAGGUAACCGAGAAGGGUUCCUAUGGAAGCGGGGAAGGGACAACGCACAGUUCCUGAAAAGGAGGUUUGUGCUCCUGGCAAGAGAAGGCCUCCUGAAGUACUACACUAAAGAAGAGGGUAAAGAGCCCAAAGCUGUCAUCAGCAUCAAGGACUUGAAUGCCACCUUCCAGACAGAGAAGAUAGGGAACCCCCAUGGGCUGCAGAUCACCUACCGAAGAGAGGGCCACGUCAGGAACCUGUUUGUGUAUCACGAGAGCGGGAAGGAGAUAGUGGACUGGUUCAAUGCCCUCCGUGCAGCCCGUCUCCAAUACCUAAAAAUGGCCUUUCCUGAGCUCCCGGAGCCUGAGCUUGUGCCCCUCAUCACCAGGAACUACCUCAAGCAAGGCUUCAUGGAAAAAACUGGUCCAAAGCAGCGAGAGCCUUUCAAGAAAAGGUGGUUUGCCCUGGAUCCCCAGGAGCGGAGGCUGCUCUAUUACAAGAACCCGCUGGACGCCUUUGAGCAGGGCCAGGUAUUUCUGGGGAGUGAUGAGCAGGGGUACCAGGUGUAUGAGGACCUGCCUAAGGGCAUCCGAGGGAAUCGCUGGAAAGCCGGCAUCACCGUCGUCACCCCGCAGCGGAGAUUCAUCUUCACCUGCCCCAGCGAGAAGGAGCAACGCGAAUGGACGGAGAGCCUUCGGGAUGUCCUCUCCCGCCCCCUGACGCCCCUCAACCUCCUCAAUACAGUCAUUCCUCAGUAUCUGCAUGGGAUGAGUUCCAGGACCCCCGUGGAUAACAAAAUCCUUGGAUGCUCAACUUCCUGAUAUGAAAUGGCAUUCCAUGCAAGAAAAGACAGGUGCAGAGAAGCUAUGAGUUUACUUCAAAUGAGAAGUCUCUGGAACAAAAUCCAGGUAAUCUAUCAGUCAGGAUAGGCUAGGUUAUGCUGCAGCAACAAGCACCCACUAAAUCUCAGUAACUUAAACGUAUCUCAGGUUUAUUUCUCUCCUUUACUGCAUGUCCUAGUGUGGGCCGGCAGGGGCCACCAAAUUACGAUUUCAUCUCUAUAGUUAGGGCAGCUGGCAGAAAAAGACGCAACGACUUACUAGCUUUUUAAGCUGAUGUGAAGUUGACGUAUUACUUCUAUGUGUUUCAAGAGUGUCAGAGAAGUGCCAAUCCUACCAAGUGCCUAGACGGGGAAAGAGCUGGAAACUUGGAUGAGCAGCGCUAAGGACUACUUCCUGUCAUUUCCAGUAUUGGAAAUAGACACAAAUUUGUAUUAUCUGGUACCUACUUUGACACCAGGCAAUAUGGGGUAAAAUAAAAUAUAAGACAUUUUUAGUUCAUUUCAACAGAUCACGGAGAUACAGGCCCUGUUCUCUGCCAUUCAGUUUUUGCUGUGUAAGCCUGUAAGUUCCUUUGUCUCUUGGGGACUUUGCUCUUCCAGCUCUCACAUUUUCUACUUGUAAUGCACUUGGGACUGGAAUAAGAGAGGAGGAAGAGAGCAAGCCCCACCAGAGCCAGGCCUGUUACCUGAAGAAAACACACUUUGGGACUUUCCUGGUGGCACAGUGGUUAAGAAUCUGCCUGCCAAUGCAGGGGACACAGGUUCAAGCCCUGGUCCAGGAAGAUCCCACAUGCCAUGGAGCAACUAAGCCCGAGUGCCACAACUACUAAGCUGGCACUCUAGAGCCCAAGAGCCACAACUAUUGAGCCCACGUGCCACAACUACUGAAGCCUGCGCACCUAGAACCCUGUGUUCCACAAGAGAAGCCACUUGCAAUGAGAAGCCCAGAGCAGCCCCUGCUCACUACAACUAGAGAAAGCCCAGGCGCAGCAACAAAGACCCAACGCAGCCAAUAA